AUGGCCAGCCAACAGUCUGCCCAGAGUUCUCGUGCAUCUGUACCACCACGUCCAUCACUCCCCUCUCCACUGCUGCUUAAAAGACUUCAGAAACACUAUGAUACAGCUAUGCAGUUAGUCAAUGACGGGCUCUGCCUAGAUGAAAAUGGUAAAUCAAACGAUGCCAUCAACAUGUACUCAAUGUCAAUGGAAGAAAUUCAAAAAGGGAUGAACAUCACACUUGAUGACCAACAGCUAGACAACGAAGACCGAGAAUCCUAUCGAAGAAUGAUGCAUAAGUUAGCCAAAACGAAAAUGCAAAUUGAAUCGCGUCUUGACAUGCUCCGGCUAUCCAACACCCCAACUCUGGCUUCCGAUGGUCCAAAUAUGGACAGUCCUCCAUCUUAUGAAGAGGUGAUGUCAUCACCUUCCAGUGGAUUUAGCUCUGCCUCAAACUAUUCAAAUGUGGUAAACGGUAACCGACGGGUGUCACGGGAUGCUACACAAAUCUUUUGUAUCCCUGAUGGAGUACAGAUUUUCUACAUAACUGCUGAUGGUCACAUCACGGCACCGUCUUACCCUAAUGCCUUGACCAUUAAUCGUAUAACGCCAUCUGAAGAAUCUUCUUCGGAUACCCCACCUGCGUUCUUACAAGUUGGUGAGUGGGUGUAUCCCAUGUUACCUGGAAUGUCUCCAGUGCUACAUGCCACUUAUGGUGCCUAUAUUUUCCCAGAUAUGUUGGCACCUCAAGAAGUAAAUGUGACCCCUGCACGUAAGACUUCAAUACGCAUCUCCAUGGAUGGAAAUCCUUGUUGUGCAGUUGGUUUGAUACUACCAGACACAGUGACACAAGAUGAAAAGGAUCUAUUUGAAGACUUACUUGCCUCUAUGACUCAUUACCAGAGACAAGAAGGGCCUCCAGAAUACAUUGAAGUACCAACAUACAAAAUACCAGUGUCUGUAGAUGAAGGCUUAGAAUUGGAAGAGGAAAAAACAAGUACAAAAGUUGCUAAGGGCAUUGAAAAAGUUGCUGGUUUUCUUGCAUGGGGCCUUGGUAAGGGUGCUGAACAUGGAACUGUGUUGUUGAAGAAAGGAUCAAAACAGAUAAUCUCUCGUAUAUCACCAGGAGAAAGGAAACGUGUUGAUCCUGCUACCCAGAAAAGUGUGGAGUAUCUUCGAGUUGCCACCCACACAGCCGUUCGCGUCAGUGGUUAUGCCUUGAGUAAACUUGGUGAUGCUACCAUGGCUGCGGGUCGAUUGUUAGCUCCACACAUUAAGGAACAUGGAAGCAAAUUAUUACCAAAAUCUGUAAAGAACAAUCCAGAAACUGCUUCCAAUAUUGAUGCUGCAGUUGAAGUGGCUGCCAGUGGAAUUAAAGGAUUUGGGACUGUGUAUCUUGGUUUAGAAGCAGCAGCAAAAAAUUUGGCCAGAGGACUUACUGAAGAAACUGUACAUAUUGUAAACUACAAGUAUGGUUGUCAAGCAGCCAAAGCAACUGAGAACACUCUAUAUUCAGUUGGAAAUGUGGCAAUGGCAGCUAAUAAUGUAGGUAACUUUGGCCCAAAAGCUGUGGCUAAGAAAGCUGUGAAAGAGACUGACCUUCUACAUUUUCUUUCUUUUUUCUUUUUUUUUCCAGACCUUCUACAUUUUCUUUCUUUUUUCUUUUUUUUUCCAGACCUUCUACAUUUUCUUUCUUUUUUCUUUUUUUUUUCCAGACCUUCUACAUUUUCUUUCUUUUUUUUUUUUUUUUUCCAGACCUUCUACAUUUUCUUUCUUUUUUUUUUUUUUUUCCAGACCUUCUACAUUUUCUUUCUUUUUUCUUUUUUUUCCAGACCUUCUACAUUUUCUUUCUUUUUUCUUUUUUUUCCAGACCUUCUACAUUUUCUUUAUUUCUAUUUUUCAUUUUUUUUCCAGACCUUCUACAUUUUCUUUAUUUCUAUUUUUCAUUUUUUUUCCAGACCUUCUACAUUUUCUUUCUUUUUUCAUUUUUUUUCCAGACCUUCUACAUUUUCUUUCUUUUUUCUUUUUUUUCCAGACCUUCUACAUUUUCUUUAUUUCUAUUUUUCUUUUUUUUUUCCAGACCUUCUACAUUUUCUUUCUUUUUCUUUUUUUUCCAGACCUUCUACAUUUUCUUUAUUUCUAUUUUUCAUUUUUUUCCAGACCUUCUAUAUUUUCUUUAUCUUUUUCUUUUUUUUUUCCAGACCAUCUACAUUUUCUUUAUUUCUAUUUUUCAUUUUUUUCCAGACCUUCUACAUUUUCUUUAUUUCUAUUUGUUCAUUUUUUUCCACACCUUCUAUAUUUUCUUUAUCUUUUUUUUUUCCAGACCUUCUACAUUUUCUUUCUUUGUAUUUUUCUUCUUUUUUUUUUUCUAGUCCUUCUACAUUUUCUUUCUUUCUAUUUUUCUUUUUUUUUUUCCAGACCUUCAGCAUUUUCUUUCUUUCUAUUUUUCCUUAUACAUUUUCUUUUUUCUUCUCUUUUUCCCUAGAAUUUAUACAUUUUUCUCUUUUUUUCUCCAAACCUUAUAUAUUUUAUUUUCAGAUUAUGUCAUAUCUCUGA